CCCAGAAAAGCAUGGAAGAUGAAAUUGAAUCAGUUCUGCUGGAGCGGGUAAUGGUUUUGGAUGGAGGCAUGGGUACCAUGAUCCAGCAACAUGCCCUGUCAGAAGAAGAUUUCCGAGGGCAUGAAUUUAAAGAUCAUUCCAAGCCUUUGAAAGGCAAUAAUGACCUUCUCAGUAUAACUCAACCGGAUAUAAUCUGUGACAUACACAAGGAAUACUUGCUGGCAGGUGCUGACAUCAUAGAAACGAACACUUUCAGUAGCACCCGAGUUGCACAAGCUGACUAUGGCCUCGAGCCUUUGGCGUAUCGAUUAAACAGAGUCUCUGCACAGGUGGCCAGAAAAGCAGCAGAUCAUGUAACUGCUCAGACAGGAAUUAAGAGAUACGUUGCUGGAGCCAUGGGUCCAACAAACAGGACACUCUCUGUGUCACCAUCUGUGGAGAGACCGGAUUACAGGAACAUAACUUUUGAUGAACUGGUUGAAGCCUAUAAGGAGCAAGCCAAAGGACUUUUGGAUGGAGGAGUUGAUAUCUUGUUAGUGGAAACUGUAUUUGACACAGCCAAUGCCAAGGCAGCUCUUUUUGCACUCCAGACGUUGUUUGAGGAAGAGUAUGCUCCCCGACCCAUAUUUGUUUCUGGAACCAUUGUGGAUAAGAGUGGGCGUACCCUCUCAGGCCAGACAGGAGAGGCGUUUGUCAUUAGUGUUUCCCACAGUAAGCCACUUUGGUAAGGAAACGUAUCAUUCUCUUAGUAAAUUAUCUGUAGCUGACUUUCUGUUUAUGAUUAUCUUCUGUUCUAACCCCUUGCUUGCAGCUAAAUGGAAGAUAUACCA